CUCUUGUAUCUGUCCCGCUAAAACGUCAACUGCGCCAGGCAUCCCGAUUUCUCAAGGACCCCUUGCUUUGCUGCAAGCUCUUCCUGCACCUGGACAUCGAAUUUCACGAACGGCGACCCAAUGACUUGCGCGAGAUAUUAUUGAGCUUUUACCGUAUUCCUUUCCUUUGCAGACUCCGCCAUUAUUAUCGACAUAACGCCCGAAAAUGUCCACUACACCCGUUCCGCCUGAGGACCAGGCGAGAUUGCUGGAAGAUGCCUUGGUUGCCGUGCGCCAGCAGACCGCACUUAUGCGCAAAUGUCUCGAUACUCCGGGCAAACUUAUGGAUGCUCUCAAAUGCUGCUCUACUCUGGUCGCCGAAUUGCGGACGAGCAGUCUAGGUCCUAAGCAAUACUACGAGCUAUACAUGGCCGUCUUCGAUGCCUUGCGCUAUCUUUCCGUCCAUCUUCGCGAAAACCAUCCUCACAACCACCUAGCCGACCUUUACGAGCUCGUCCAGUAUGCCGGGAACAUUAUCCCUCGUCUGUAUCUCAUGAUAACCGUCGGUACCGCAUAUAUGUCUAUACCCGAGGCGCCAGUUAAGGAGUUAAUGAAAGAUAUGAUGGAUAUGAGCCGUGGUGUCCAGCAUCCCAUCCGUGGUCUUUUCCUCCGCUAUUACUUAUCCGGCCAGGCUCGAGACUACCUGCCUACCGGCGACGGCGACGGUCCUGAAGGGAACCUCCAGGACUCUAUCAACUUCAUCUUAACGAACUUCGUCGAAAUGAACAAGCUCUGGGUACGAUUGCAGCAUCAAGGCCAUUCGCGGGAGCGAGAGCAGAGGACCAGGGAGCGGAAGGAGUUGCAGCUCCUCGUUGGCAGCAACAUUGUACGGCUGAGCCAAUUAGUGGAUCUUGAGGCUUACAAGAACGGUAUCCUGGCCCCGCUAUUGGAACAGGUGGUACAAUGCCGUGAUGUUCUGGCUCAAGAGUAUCUUUUAGAAAUAAUCACUCAGGUUUUCCCAGACGAGUUCCAUUUACAUACACUAGACCAAUUCCUGGCUGCCGUCUCGAGGUUGAACCCUCACGUCAACGUCAAGGCUAUCGUCAUUGGCUUGAUGGAUAGAUUAUCCGCUUACGCUGAGCGGGAAUCACAAGAAGGGGUUGUCGAAGACAGGGCGAAACUGGAAGAAGAAGCUCUGUCAAAUCUCCUGGAAAAGGUGCGGCUAGGGAAGGAACAGCAGGAAGCAAAGCCAACACCAGAUGCAGCGUCUACCGACACAAACGGAGAGCAUGCUGAUGGCGAACCCUCAGAGCCUGUCGAGGCUAAUGCGCCGGCGGAACCGGAGCCUGCUCCAUCAGUUGCAGAAACUGAGACGACAGCUGUCGACAACGAGCAAGACGGUUCCCCUCCAACCCCUAAGAAGGAACGUGCAAUUCCUCCUAAUAUCAAACUGUACGAGGUCUUCUUUGAACAAGUGAACAAUCUUGUCAACGCGCAGCAUCUCCCUAUCCAAGACACGAUUGCGUUAUUGGUCUCCCUCACCAACCUUUCCUUAAAUAUAUACCCUAAUCGACUAGACUACGUGGACCAGAUUCUUGACUAUGCGAACCAAAAAGUUAAAGAGCAUGCCAAUAGCGCUGACCUCCACUCUGCGCCAGCACAGCAGAGCUUACUCGCACUGCUGCAGGCCCCUCUCAAGAGAUAUAUAUCCAUAUUCACGGCUCUGUCGCUUCCCACAUAUGUACCUCUCUUUCAGUCCCAAACCUACCCGACGAGAAGGGCUGUUGCAGGUGAAGUUGCUAGGACCUUGUUAAGGAACCAAACCGCAAUAUCUACGGAAGCACAGCUUGAGAAUGUUCUCGAGAUCCUUAAGGUAUUAAUCAAGGAAGGUUCACAACCUCCAGCUGGGUACCCUGGCGGCCCUCAACGACGAGCUUUAGAAACAGACGAAACGAUGGAAGAGCAGGGUUGGCUAGCUCGGAUCGUGCACCUGCUUAACGGCGAAACUAACGAUACACAGUUCCGUCUUCUUCAGAUGGUUCGUAAGGCGUUCGCUGAAGGAAAUGAGAGGAUCCGCACAACAACUCCUCCACUAAUCACGGCUGGUAUGAAACUAGCACGCCGGUUUAAGGCUAGGGAGCACUAUGACGACAAUUGGGAAACGCAGCUAAGCGCCUUAUAUAAGUUCAUGCACUCUGCCAUCUCCGGUAUCUACACAAGAGUCAAUGGGUCUGGUGCUGCCGAACUGUCUCUUCGUUUAUUCUGUGCUUGCGGUCAAUCCGCCGACAUGACAAGUUUUGAAGAGGUUUCAUAUGAGUUCUUCGCACAGGCUUUCACAGUUUACGAAGAGGCGAUUUCCGAUUCCAAGGCCCAAUUCCAAGCAGUAUGUAUUAUUGCCAAUGCGCUACACCAGACCAGGAACUUCGGGAAAGAGAACUAUGAUACCCUCAUCACAAAGUGCGCUCUCCAUGGAAGUAAGCUGCUGCGCAAACCGGACCAAUGUAGAGCGGUAUAUCUAGCGAGUCACCUAUGGUGGGCAACGCCAAUAACCGCCAUUGAUGAGUCGGAUGAAGGUCUCUACCGAGAUGGGAAGAGAGUACUAGAAUGCUUGCAACGGGCUCUCCGUGUUGCAGACUCUUGCAUGGAACAAGCGACUUCAAUCGAACUGUUUGUUGAAAUUUUGGAUCGCUAUGUAUACUACUUCGAUCAACAGAACGAAUCGGUCACUACCAAAUACAUCAAUGGCCUCAUUGAGUUGAUCCACUCGAACUUGAGCACGAACCAGCAGGAUUCGGCCAGCGUUGAGAACAGUAGGCGACAUUUUAAGCAUACUUUGGAAAAUAUCGCAUCGAGACAGUAUGAAGGAGUGGUUUUGCACCCACAAAAAUGAUGAUACCUAAGAUGUAGGAGUAUGGUCGAGGAAGACUCUGGGUUCGUAUUCAAGCAAUUGCAUAGUGUCACGGAGACAGCUCACUACGGCAUACGUACCUAAGGUUUGCGUAGCGAGGAAAUUGUACCAAAGGAGUUGUUUUUUUUUUCUCUUUUUUUUUCUUUCUUUUUUUCGGGGAAAAAGAGAGCGUCGCCGCCGUCCUGUUUGUUGAAGAUAACCGUGUACAUAUGUAUAAUUCUGACGGUUUGCAAGGAUUCGUUGGGCUUCCCAGGCCUUUUCAAAGGAGUCUAGGCAUGUGCAUUUAAGAGCUACCUAAAAUUAAUUACCUAGUGCCAAGCAUCCGAUAUUCUGCGCAAAUGGCUUUAGAUUUUAGAUUUUUGAGUUUGUUUGUAUCUUGUAAGGUUAAUGACUUCAUUUCAUUUUGUCCAUCUUACAUAGUAUGUACCUAAGGUAGGUAACAGCUGAUGGGUAAUUUAUAUCCGGUAUUUCGUCCUACCAAUAAAUAUAGAAAGCCUACCUAGGUACUAGGUAAUGCAUGUAC